AUGCAUGAAUCCUGUGGAUUGCUCUCAAAAUGGACUAAGAAAAAUACUGGGUUCCAGAUAUUCCCAAACCUAGGAGCUGGAGGAGGCAAUGACAUUCAGUGGUGUUUUUCUCAGGUGAAAGGCGCUGUGGAUGAUGAUGUAGCAGAAGCUGAUAUAAUUUCUACAGUAGAAUUUAACCACUCUGGAGAGCUGUUAGCGACAGGAGACAAAGGAGGGAGAGUUGUCAUCUUUCAACAGGAGCAGGAGAACAAAACCCAGUCUCACAGUAGGGGAGAAUACAAUGUUUACAGUACCUUUCAAAGCCAUGAACCAGAGUUUGACUACUUGAAAAGUUUAGAAAUUGAAGAGAAGAUCAACAAAAUUAGGUGGUUACCCCAGAAAAAUGCUGCUCAGUUUUUAUUGUCUACAAAUGAUAAAACAAUAAAGUUAUGGAAAAUCAGUGAAAGGGACAAGAGACCAGAGGGUUAUAAUUUAAAGGAAGAAGAUGGACGGUAUAGGGAUCCUACUACAGUUACAACACUACGGGUGCCAGUGUUCAGGCCCAUGGACCUCAUGGUUGAAGCUAGUCCACGAAGAAUAUUUGCCAAUGCUCACACAUAUCACAUCAACUCCAUCUCCAUCAAUAGUGAUUACGAAACCUACUUGUCUGCAGAUGACUUGCGGAUCAACCUGUGGCACCUAGAAAUCACAGACAGAAGCUUUAAUAUUGUAGACAUUAAGCCUGCCAACAUGGAAGAGCUGACAGAGGUGAUCACAGCUGCAGAGUUCCACCCCAACAGCUGCAACACGUUUGUGUACAGCAGCAGUAAAGGAACCAUUCGCCUCUGUGACAUGAGGGCGUCGGCGCUCUGCGACCAGCACUCCAAACUGUUUGAAGAACCAGAAGAUCCUAGCAACAGAUCAUUUUUCUCUGAAAUCAUCUCUUCCAUAUCUGAUGUCAAAUUUAGCCAUAGUGGUCGCUAUAUGAUGACUAGAGAUUACCUGUCAGUGAAGAUCUGGGACUUAAAUAUGGAAAACAGACCUGUGGAAACAUACCAGGUGCAUGAAUACCUCAGAAGUAAACUUUGUUCCCUGUAUGAGAAUGAUUGCAUCUUUGACAAGUUUGAGUGCUGUUGGAAUGGAUCAGACAGCAUCGUCAUGACAGGGUCCUACAACAACUUCUUCAGGAUGUUUGACAGGAACACAAAGCGAGACGUCACCCUGGAGGCAUCCCGGGAGAACAACAAGCCCCGCACGGUGCUGAAGCCACGCAAGGUCUGCGCCAGUGGCAAGCGGAAGAAGGAUGAGAUCAGCGUGGACAGCCUGGACUUCAACAAGAAGAUUCUGCACACAGCCUGGCACCCCAAGGAGAACAUCAUCGCUGUAGCCACCACAAACAACUUGUAUAUAUUUCAAGACAAAAUGAAUUAGGGAUGGCAUUCCUAACUGGAGAGUCCACUUCCUGCAUAGUUGAAAUAGUUGAAUCUAGUAUUUGUACCUGUAACGGAGAGCAAGCGAGAGGUCCAUUGUGGCACCCCCUUGGCAGUGUUUGACAUGUGCCAUAUGACAACACACUUCACAGCUGCAUGGAGAGAGCCUUGCUGCUCCCCUCCAUGCCUGCCAGCCAUUUAGGUGAGGGUAGGGCACUUUUUAAUUUAAGAUGACUACUUGCACCAUCUUGCCUAAUGGACUAGCCUGGACUCUACCGACCUCGGUUUACUCUACUUUUUAUGCCUUCCAUUGUGAUGACGUCAGACACAGGGAAAGCCUUCAAUCAUGCUAUGGGAUUUAAUUGUGUAACCUCAUUACUGUAUCAUUCGUGGCCCCUUUUUUUAUUAAAUACAGCUCAUUCUUGCUGUGGCUUGUAGCAUUCCUCCUCCUCCUGGCCUCCUGGACUCCCCCUUCCCCUUUCAUCCCCCUCCACCUCGCCUUGGUGGUGGUGUAUAGAGAAAAACCAGAAUAAAGCACAUGAAGUGGGUCCGUUUGGGGUCAGUGGUAAAGAGGGGCUGUGUUGCAACAAAUGUUUUAAUAAACAGUUGACUGUAAUCACUCCUUGCCAUGUCUGGCACCAAAACAAGGGGAAAAAAAAAGAAAAUAAGGAAAAAAUAACAAACUACUGAAUAAAAGUGACAAAGAAUGGAGAAUCUGUUUUCUU